AUGAGUGCAGAGAGCGUAAGACAAAGCCCAGGCUCUUUCCCGUCGCUGCUCGGAGGAGCUUCUCCACUCCCGCUCCGCCUGCGAGCACAGACCGGGUACCGCUUCCUUCCGAGCCGCAGAACAAGGCCGCGCUCCCUCACACCGCCACCACCCGGCCCGCGGCGCCUCACCCGCGGCGGAGGCCUCACCGCCGGCCGCACCACCCCCGUUCCUGGCGGGGCCGCGGGGCAGGCCGGGACACACCGGGGAGCUCCGUCAACACUUUGCAGAACUGAGAUAGUUGGACAACAGGAAACCCUCACCAAAAGGCUGUCUGGUGGAUUGAGGAACACCAUUAGGCUGAGGGCAACAGCUCAGUCCUUCUCCCCUGCAAGUGGACAGGUCACCUUGUCCUCCACGGACUGUUACAUCGUGCAUGAGAUCUACAACGGAGAGAACGCUCAGGACCAGUUUGAGUACGAGCUGGAGCAGGCCCUGGAAGCCCAGUACAAAUACAUAGUGAUAGAGCCCACCCGCAUCGGGGACGAGACCGCGCGCUGGAUCACGGUGGGGAACUGCCUGCACAAGACGGCCGUGCUGGCGGGUACCACUUGCCUCUUCACCCCUCUGGCCCUUCCAGUAGAUUAUUCUCACUACAUCUCCCUGCCUGCUGGUGUGCUGAGCGUGGCUUGCUGCACCCUUUAUGGCAUCUCUUGGCAAUUUGAUCCCUGUUGCAAGUACCAAGUAGAGUACGAUGCCUAUAAACUUUCCCGCCUGCCCCUGCAUACGCUCACCUCCUCCACCCCGGUGGUGCUGGUGAGGAAGGACGACCUGCACAGAAAGAGACUGCACAACACGAUAGCACUCGCUGCCCUGGUGUACUGUGUAAAGAAGAUCUAUGAACUCUAUGCUGUAUGACUCCAGCAGGGAAGAGAGAAACCCACAAAGACAAAGUGUAUUAAGACUCCCGCAGUAACAUUUUGUUUUUCCUCUUUUUUGAGAAGCAGUUGGAGACUGGGAAAGGAUUUGGUUUCAUAAGAGAUGUUAUUUUUCAAAUAACACAUCACUGGUGCACCGAGGUUUUUCAGUUCUUCUCAGUUACACUUAAGGUGUGGAUGUGUGGUGACUUGAGAGCUGUAUGUUAGGCGAUGGGAGUCCAAUCCAGCAGCAGCAUGUCGAAAGUGAGCUAUAGGAAGAGGGGGUGUGAGAGCUUCUUCUACUUCUUUAUUAUUUUUUGGGGGGGGGGAACAUUUAAGUAUCUUGUUUAAUUGUAUUACACAGAACCAGACAGAAGUUAUCAUUGACCAUUAAAGGAUGAGAAUUUGAA